AAUAAUAAUAAUGCCUUCACUAGAUCUGUGAAAUCAUGUUUAAGUUCAAACCAUAAUAAUUAUAAUAUUAUUCAUAAUAAAACUGUAUUAAUGUCUACCAAUAAUAAUAAUAAUAUUAAUAAUAUUAUUUCUCGAAGAUCAGCAAACUAUCAACCUUCACUUUGGCAUUUUGAUUAUGUACAAUCACUUUCUACCCCUUUCAAGGAAGGAGCAUAUGCCAAAAGAGUUGAGAAAGUAAAGGAAGAGGUAAGAGUAAUGGUGAAGAGAGCAAAAGAGGAGGAGAAGCCUUUAUCUCAACUUGAGCUAAUUGAUGUAAUGCAAAGACUUGGAAUCUCUUACCACUUUGAGAAUGAAAUUAAUGACAUAUUGAAAGAUAUAUAUAACAACAAUAAUGUGUGCAACACCAACAAAAAUGUCUAUGCCAAUUCUCUUGAAUUUAGACUCCUAAGACAACAUGGUUAUCCAGUGUCUCAAGAAAUUUUUAGUACGUGCAAAGAUGAAAGAGGCAAUUUUAUGGUGUCUACCAAUAAUAUCAAAGGAAUGUUAUCUUUAUAUGAAGCUUCAUUCUAUUUGGUAGAAAAUGAAGAUGGUAUUUUGGAAGAGACAAGGCAAACAACAAAGAAAUAUCUUGAGGAAUACAUAAUCAUGAUCAUGGAAAAACAACAAUCAUUAUUAGAUCAAAAUAAUAAUAAUAAUAAUGAUUAUGAUUAUGAUUAUGUUUAUGAACUAGUGAGCCAUGCAUUGGAGCUUCCACUUCAUUGGAGAAUGUUAAGAUUGGAGAGUAGGUGGUUUAUUGAUGUGUAUGAGAAGAGACUAGACAUGAACCCUACUCUACUUACCUUAGCUAAACUAGAUUUCAACAUUGUCCAAUCAACAUACCAAGAUGACCUUAAAUAUGUUUUCAGGUGGUGGAAAAACACUGGUUUGGGAGAAAAGUUGAAAUUUGCAAGAGAUAGAAUGAUGGUGAAUUUUUUAUGGACAAUAGGAGUUUCAUUUGAGCCACACUACAAAAGUUUAAGAAGAAUGGCUACAAAAGUAAAUGCUUUAAUAACAAUAAUAGAUGACAUAUAUGAUGUUUAUGGUACACUUGAUGAAUUGGAGCUCUUCACUAAUGUGGUUGAGAGAUGGGAUGUUAGUGCUAUGAAUGGGCUCCCUGAGUAUAUUUUUUUUGAAAGAACCAUGAGUUCAUUAAUUAGAAAAAUUGAUGGGAAUCACCGGGGGAUUGCCCUCCCCUUGAUACAAAAUCGCCAAAUCGCUAGAGAGUCUAGCAUUUUUAGCUACACCAUCAGCCACAACAUUACUACUACGCUUAAUAAAGGAAAAACAACAUAAACUAAACUUCUUAGCCAAGUUUAAAGAUAAGUAAAACACACUAGCUACUCUCCAAUCAGGAAGAGAAUGUGAAGACAAGGCCUGAACUGCAACUUUUGAAUCUGAAAGAACACAAACUUCCUUCCACCCUUCAUCAUAAGCCCUGUUCAGAGCAAGGAUUAUGGCUGAGAAUUCGGCUUCCAAAGCAGAGUCUACCCGAAGUUUCUGCGCAUUGACAAACCAGCAGCCUGUUGACACAUUCACACUAAUAGCAGCUACACCAGCAUUACCCUUCACCCAUGAUGCAUCAGUGAGAACAUAAUUGCAGAAACCAGCUGAGAAAUUGAUGUUCACCGCUUCACAUAAAUCUCCCAGACCCUGCCUCUCCACACCAUCUGGACUUCCAGCAAUGCUAUUAGACGGUGCAGACAUUGCGAGCCUCAGUUCGUCUGCCUUCUUUUCGAUUUUUGCCAAAGUCAUUUGUACAUUAACAGCUUGGCCCUUGAUACAAAAAGAAUUUCUCUGAUGCCAAAUCUCAGUCAUGAUGCAGCCAAAAUAACUAAUCAAUUCCUUCCUAUCAGCAUCCCCCAGUGUUUCUAUUAAGGCUUUGAACAUGCUAAUCACAUUAUCAGCUGGGAUCUCAUCCAACUUCAGAGCCAAACGGCAGCCAAACCAAACUGCUUUCGAAAAACUACACUUCCAGAGUAUAUGACAAGCAUUCUCUUCCUCCUCACCGCAUAAGUUACACGUUUUAUCCUGAAGAAAAUGCAAUCGACUCUUUGUGGGGAUUGCCUCGGUCAAAGCCCUCCAUAAGAAUACUGAAAUCCUGGGAUGAAUACCCGCUUCCCAAAUCCAUUUCCAAACUUCCUCCUCUGGUGCAAAUCUGUCCAUAGUUGCAGAAAUAUAGGCAGCACGCACAGAGAACUUUCCUGCUGGGUUUUGCUUCCAAAAGACUUGAUCCUUGUGAGGAAAAGGAAUUCUAGGAAUAUUAAUGAUACGAUUUCCUAAUUCCUCUCCAAAAAUCUGGAAAAUAACCUCAGAAUUCCAGUCAUUUCCCAACGAAACAUCCUUCAGCGUUUGUGUUGUGUAGCCUUUUCCUCUCAAACUAUCCAUUAGAGCUACAAAGUCUGAGUAGUCCAGCCAAGGGAUCCAUGGUUGGUUCCAAAAAUUAAUUGUAGAACCUGAUGCAGCAAUUGACAGCGAGCCUUUGAGAAUAAUAGAUCUAGUAUCCAGAAUGCACUUCCAUUGGUAGGAAUCAUUACUUUUUUGCUUAACACACCAGAAACUAUCAUUGUUGCAAUACUUUCCCAUCAAACAAGAGACCCACGGUUUGUCCUCAUUCGUUGCAAGACUCCAAGCCAAUUUUGCUAAAAGCGCUUGGUUCAUAUCUUCGCAUUUCCUCAAACCCAAACCUGUCGGAACUCUUUGGUUGACAAAUUUUAUCCCACGCUUUAAAGGCCAUGUAUCUGCUCUUGUCGACAUUUCCCAGCCACCAGAACUUCCUCAUCAGAGAGUCUAAAUCACGACAAGUAGACAGUGGGAUUUUUGAAGUGGACAUAGCAUAGAUGGGCAUCGCUGAAGUCACUGACUUUAUAAGAGUUAAUCGCCCAGCUUGAGACAGUAGCUUAACCUUCCAUCCUUCCAAUUUCUUCAUCAGAUUCUCCUUGAGUCUUAAAUAAUCCUCCCUUUUCCUUCUUUUAAAAAUAAAAGGGUUUCCCAAGUGUCUUUCUUCCCCACUUACUUGAGCAAUAUUCAAAGCUUUUAGCAAGCUAUCUUUUUUACUGCUGCAAAGGUUACUAGAGAAUAGGACACUUGAUUUUGGUUUGCUACAGGUUUGGCCGGACCAUCUCUCAUAAGUUGAUAUACAAUCGAUUAACGUUCUUGCUUCAUUGUCAUUUGCUCGAGCAAAGAGGAUCGUGUCGUCGGCAAACAUGAUAUGUGCAACUGGAGGGGCACUAUGAGCGAUCUUUAUACCAUGGACUGCGCCUCUUUCUUCAGCUCUUCGAAUGAGUUUAGAUAAAACCUCCUGACACAGUAGAAAUAGAAAGGGGGACAUGGGGUCUCCUUGUCGUAGACCUCGCUGUGGGAUUAUCUUUUUAAGAGGGCUGCCAUUCAAUAGUACUGAAUAGGAAACACUUGUGACG